UGCGUCAUUGUUCGUGACCGUUCGUGACGAUUCGCAGUUCGUUUCAUGCUUCGAUGGCAGAGUUACGAUUCGAGUGAUUUAUCAAGUAAUGUGAUGUUUUCUGAAGGUAAUUACAAGAAUGCCAAUACAGGGUCCACAGUGGACUGAAUUCCUUUCUUGUCCUGUAUGCUGUAAUAAUUUUGAUGCAGCAAUACGAGGGCCCAUAUCCUUAGGAUGCGGACACACCAUAUGCCGGACGUGUCUGGCAAAUCUUCAUCGCAAGCAAUGUCCGUUCGAUCAGAGUGGUAUAAAUACAGAAAUAGAAAGAUUACCAGUGAACGAAGCUUUGUUGCAACUGGUAGGCAAUCCCAUUCCACCGAAUACCGGCUCGGUUUACCUGAAGCUUUUACCACCUGAGGACUGUGCACAUUAUUUAGUGGCUAAGCGAUGUAUCGAGGAGCUUGCUCUCUACUUGAAACCAUGUCAGGCGGUGCCUGCCUCUGCUACGGGACUCGUUUCUCGGGCGAUGCAGCGCAAGCUUGUAAUGUUGGUAGGAUGUCAGUUGAUGGAGCCAGAGGGCAGAGCUCGUGCCGUAAGAGCAGCGAGGAGCUUAGGAGAGCGUUCCGUUACGGAGUUAAUAUUGCAACAUCAAAAUCCACAGCAACUUAGUGCAAACUUGUGGGCUGCGGUUCGGGCUCGUGGUUGCCAGUUCCUUGGACCAGCGAUGCAAGAAGAAGUUCUCAAGCUCGUUCUGUUAGCUCUCGAAGAUGGAUCGGCUCUUUCCAGAAAAGUAUUGGUGAUGUUCGUGGUGCAACGCUUAGAGCCACACUUUCCUCAAGCUUCGAAAACUAGCAUCGGUCAUGUCGUACAACUUCUCUACCGAGCCAGUUGUUUUAAGGUGUCAAAGCGCGAAGCAGACUCUUCGCUGAUGCAAUUGAAGGAAGAAUUUAGAACCUACGAGGCUUUAAGAAGGGAGCACGAUGCCCAGAUCGUGCAAAUAGCUACCGAAGCGGGCCUGAGAAUUGCCCCGGAUCAGUGGUCCGCAUUGCUUUACGGAGAUUCGAGUCACAAAUCCCAGAUGCAGAGUAUCAUCGACAAGUUGCAAACACCCCAGUCCUUUGCCCAGAGUGUCCAAGAACUCGUAAUAGCUCUUCAACGUACCCCGGAUCCUGGCCAGCUCAGCAGUUUAAGGCCACAACUGGAAUUGUUGGCAGCUAUCGAUCCUAGUCCAGAGACCGAAGCUUCUUCGUGGAGGGAAUGCAGAGCAGCUUUGGAAGCGGUUAGAACGGUCGUGGCUGCCUUGGUGGAAUUUAUUCAACAACACGGAAAUCGCAAGAAUCAAGAUGGCGCGCAUCCGGCUGGACCAGGACAGCCGAAAUAUAAAAUCAGCAUGUGUCGCGAUCUUGCCCUACGAGGUUCAUGUCCGCGCGCUACAAACUGCACCUUCGCCCAUAGCGACCUGGAGCUCGACAAAUAUCGAUCGAAGAGUAGGAAACUCAACAUAAGGUCAUCCCUGCCGUUGACCAACAACCAGGAUAACAAAAUAGAAAAGCCUGCGGCAACUCCAAAUGGAAAGGGAUUCAAACAAUGCGAAGACUUGAUUUACCACCCUGGCAAGCCUCGAGCUAGCAUUUACAGAGAAGGUUUCAACUCGAUGGGGAAGGUGAGCGCGGUUCAGCACCCGGUUGUUGCCAACGAGAACAACUUGGUUGGAUCGCUGACCAGCUACGUGAUGCCGUCGCCUCAGGGCUUGGCCCACGUUGUUCCGGCGAAAAAUCUGGACAUGCAGUGUCCUCGUUACGUUGUCUCCGGUAAUCCCUUGGAUUACGGAACCGCCAACAUGCACCUCUGGGAUCACUCGCAGAUACCCUCUGUGCAGAACAACCUGCCGAGUAACGGGAAAAAGCAGCGGUCGGUGGCGAAGACCCUGGCCAUGCUUCUGCAACGCAGGAUGGAGAUCAUAAGCCAGCUGGAGAACAUUGUCAGCAAACAAGCCCCGCAGCAAAUCAAAACCCAGAACUGUGAUAUCCACCACUCCCAAGGCGACCCUUUGUCCCCGAGCUUUUCCAUCUGGGCGAACGCCCCAGGAGGCCAGCUCUCUCCUGCGGGGAACAUAAAUUACGGAGGAAAUUUCCGACGGUCGGACUCCAUUUUACUGGACGACGAGUUCGUUCCCUUCGAGGCGACUCCGGCCAGCAAAUACGGACCGAUCUCCAGACUCUCGAAGUCGCUACUCAGACCAGCCAAUGGCGUGCAACCUGCCGGAUUGUACAGCGAAGGACCCAUGCCAGCAGUUCGACCGAUUCCUGCAGCCAAUGCAGUAACGUCCUGGUACUACGGUCACCAGUCCUUUACUUCGCUGGGAGGAAACGGCGGAAUGCAACCGGUAGCCAACCCUGGUCUUGGGGAUGGAUUCAUCACGGUUGGUCGUGGGAUUAACGAGACCCCCUCGCAGGUGGAGUUGACGAGGCAGGAGUCAAUGUCCAAGGACUUGAUCCUGGAGUCGCAGAAGGUGAAACAGCAGUUGAAACAUUUGGAGAAGAAGAUCAACGAUUUGAAACUCGCUACCCAAGGACCGUUUACGGAGGGGGAGAGAUUGACCCAGGAAUUGCAAAUGGUCGAAGCGGGGAUCCGCGAGAAGGAGAAGGAUGUCCGCAAUUGGAGUCCUUACGGCAGCAUACCGUGGAUCCAGCCCCCGAACAAUUUACUGGCCGGUCACGGAGUGGGUCGGGAUUACAAAUCAGAGGAGGAGGACACGUACGAGGCCGGCCUAGCGAAUGAUAUGCGCGAGCUGGAGCUGAGAUGGGAGUACGAACUUCAGGAGCAGGAGAAGCGCUGGUCCAGCGAAGAGGACACCAAGAAAUGACAGCCUGGAGGGUGUCGGUAAACGGGAAGAAGAGGGAAACCGAAGGAGGGCAGUCUCCUUUCCAGUACCGCGUGAGAUAUGAAUUAGAUUGACUCUUCCUCGGUAUGUAUUGUACAUAUAUAUGCGUCGAUAUGUGCCACAUUUUGUUGCGCAUUUCAAGGAUCAACGACCGAGCUAAGCUAGAAUCAUUUUCGUAUGACUGGAAUCUGCGAAUCGUUAAGUAGGAAAUAUCUGACGAGGCGAUUGACGUUCAUGCGAGUCGUUAAUGUAUAUUUUUACGUAUACGUGAAUAAUUCACACGAGUCAUUCGAGCGGGCGAUUCGAAUUUAAAGCGCAGAUCGCGAGAGUGUGGGACUUGCAGGGCACAGUUUUUUUAUGUGCACCUUAAUGGUUUUUAGUGCUUACACGAAAAUGUACAAUGUACGUUUUUACCGUUUACCUUUGGUCGUCAAAAUUCCUCGGUGGAGUUGCUUGGAAAUUUUCUUUCGAAGUAAGGAUAUCGGACUCGUAGAUCCUUGAAAUCUCCUCGCCAAUCGAUGGUAGACAUUUGGACUUCUUGUAAGGAAAAGAAAAAAAGAAAGAAAAAGAAAGAAAAAGGAACGAAAAGCGGCGCGUUCUCUCGAUCUAGAGGUGUACUUUAAUUUGCAAACGUGCAACGUCUGCAAAAGACCAUUCGCCCUCGGCUUCUGCAGACCAGGUUGACCACCGGAAAUGGCCAACCGAAUUAUACGCAAAGAGGGGAGGUAUAUGCAAUGUACUGUUGUAUCAACGUGGUCGAGAAACAGUGGCCAGAAAUUUGCCAUAUUUUUCCUUUUGUUUUUUUUGCAAACAAGUUCGACGGUGAGUUAGAAGUUAUAGAAUUAAACAUCCAGGGACUUUGCGAAUUUGCACCGUUUGCCCGUAUUUGUAAAUUAGUUCAAUGGUUAAUAUUAAACGGCGAAGGUUUAAGAAUUUAUUAUUUACGCGUUGCAUGUAAUCUCCCGGAAAUUCGCAACGUCCGCGACAUAUUAUUCUCGUGGCAAAUGGGUUCAACUUUGUCGUUAAUUCCAAGAGGAGGAAGAAUAUAUGCAAAUAUAUUGCCAUUUACCCGCGAUCGUGAAACAAUGGUUUUGCAUGCGACUUCGCAAAUUGUUUCCGAGAGCAGCUGAACACGGGGGAGGCGGAUUUGUUAAAAUUUAACAGAGGUUAAACGUCGGUGUUUUAUAAACAUGCCAGGGCGUGUCGUAUUUAUUUAUAUACGCGUUUGCGCAGUGAGGCAAAGUGCACGAUAUAUAUAUAUAUUAAUAUAUGUAUAUAUAUAUAUAUAUUAAUAUUUACUACGAUAUUCGGGACGGAUGUUAUUUAACCUGGAUAGAGGUUACACCCUAAAUACGUAUAUAGACGCAUAUUGAUAUGUUAAUAGACAAGGCAGUCGCGAUUGGGCUAAAUGUUCUAACAAUUAAACAAGGACUCCCUUAUCGUUACUUGCACUGCUCUUUUUUUUUUCCCCUUCGAUAUAUCACGUUUUUAAGUGCGUACCAGACAAUCGCGAGGUCGUCAGUUGUUUUUCCCUUUUAUUUGGGAAUCGAGUAAUUUCUCUCCCUUUUUUUUUUCUUUUUUUAUUAACAAAGCGGAGGACGCAUCUUUCGAGGAUGGAUGAAGCGAAUGUGCGUUUCUUUGUUGGAAAACCUAGCCCAAUUAAGACGAGAGUUUUACACGAGGGAUUUGUAUAGUUAUUAAAAGCUGUAUGUUAAUUGUCAUCGCACAUCCUGCGCGCAUUGUUAGCACUGUGCACACACGCGACUUUUUGCGCAAAAUCGUCCGAUGAAAAACCGUAUUCCCGAGAGUCGGAGAGAAAAUACGCAGGAAAAAAUGGACACUUGGGGUUGAGGAAAAAGAAAGACAGCUCAAGCGACGUUCGGUCUAUAGGGGGAAUUUUCUAAACCGCCUAUUCGAACGAUUUUACGUUUUACAUAUAUAUUUUAUUUAAUUCUGGAUAUCCUCGUUUAGACCCAUGAACUUUGGGAACGAAUCUGCGAACUCCGGAUCGAGUUUCGCGUCGCUUUUGAACGGUGAUUAAUUAAAGAAAAAAUCGAGAAACUUGUAAACUGUUAAUUUCUCUCUACGUGUCUUCUAAGCCUGGUUUUUCAUCGAGUGUUUUUGCGGAAGUCCAGUUUUUUGACUUUUCUAACUCAUAAGUCAUCGGUCGGUUGAGAGGAAUGGCCAGCUCUUGGACGAGGCUGAAUCGUGGAGACUGAUUCUUGCACUUAAUGCGAAUCCGUAUUUUUCGUGUUUCGAGUCGCCGUCCUUAUACUAAUUCGUGGUAGAACCGUAGCACGUUGAGGGGGGCAUUUGUUUUUCUUUUCGGCUCCUUCGGUGCGGAUGCGAAGACGAUAAGUCGGUGAGGAGAAGGAAAAGAUUGACGGAACUUUGAGAGGGAUCGGCCACGAAAUUCACAUUUUUAGGAAGAGAGAAAUCGGUAGUUCCCCUUGAUUUUUUAAGAAAAUUUUCCCGUUUGAACGGUCCUCGAGUGGAGGUUACGCUACUUUACUGGAUUUAUUAAAGACUGGAUCUUGACUGUUCGCUUUUAAUAGAACGUUUUAUGCCGGGCAUGUUUCUCUGUACAAAUGUGCAAAUACUUUAUACUCGACGUGUAAAUUGCAUAAUAAAUAUGAAACGGAACACGU